AACAUCAGACAAACAACUGGGCGCCGAUUAUAUAUCACAGAUCUUCUUCACACUCGAUCACUGUCUACUUACGCUAAUAGCGUUUGCCGCUGGGUCACGACUGACGACGUCGACAUUGUGAGGUGAGUAGAGUCGCGCCAAAUGUCGACCGUGUCUAUAAACUGCGAUGGACAGUGGGGUUACAUGGCAUAACUGGCAAGUUGCCAUCGCACCGCUUGCCAUCCUGUUUACUUUACCUCAGUGUCAUAACUCACCACCCCAAUCCUAUGCCCUAUUUGACUGGUACACGUACUCACUCACUUACAUGGUUAGAAAUCAUUUUAUGCUUUACCAGCUUCCUCUCAAGAUCUAAUCUAAUCUGCUGUACUGCAUUAAAUGCGGCGAUCCCAUACCAAGCGCAAGCGUCUGUCAAACUCAGACCCAUCCGCGGAUUACAACCCCAAAGCUCGUGGGCAUAAGGCUGCGACGGGUGGUAAGAAUCGCGCGACUAAGAAGAGAAGAGCACUCAGACCUGGAGUAUGCCAUAACUGUGGAUGUACUGAGGCUGAGACAACGCUAUGGAGGAGUAAUCCCGAUCGUCUAGGGAAGGGUGAUAGAACAUCAAUGUUAUGUAACGCGUGCGGGCUCUGGAGGGCUGAACACGGUUUCAAUAGACCAAAGGAUUACCAAGGAAGGAGCAAAGCUGCUCAAUUAUUUUCAGCCAAUACUUGCCAAUCCUCUCCGCUUACCUCCCCCGUCUCUCUUAACCAGCCGGAACUUCCUCUUGAAAUUCCCAACAAUAAGAAGCGCAAGGGAAGUUCUUUUACCUCAACUACUAGUACAACAUCUUCUUCAUGGUCCUCUGACUCUUACAAUGACUCGUCGAUCGUCGUUACCGCAAGUACUAAUGACCGCAAGGCUGAGGGAAAUAGGGAAGGGUCGGGUGAUGAGCGGAUAAACCCUGAUGACACAAUGGAGGUCCUAUAUGCCGCUAUGGGCUUAGUUUACCUAGCCAAUAAAUUGCCUUUCGACAGACUCCACACCAUCACCCAAAGAGACGGUGCCUACCUCGUUGUAGCCCCAGGUGCUGUGGGCUCCGAGGCUCAGAUAUAUCAGCUUCACCCAGGUAGCCUUGCGCUUUACCCGUAUGAAGUGUUGAAGGAAGUGGAUAGGGAUGAACUGGGAUCAGAUACCAUGACCAACUCUCCUGAGUUUGUAAUGGAAAGGGAAAGAAGUAAGAAGAAGAUUUUGCCUUCAACAAGGGUCACUGAGAACAAGUUGUUUGCUAGAGAGAGACCAUUUCGACCUUGGAUAGAUUCAUUCUAGGACGAUAAGAUUGACUAGGUUGUAAAUGGGCAAAUUUUGGGCCUUCUCCGAAUAUAGUAUAUUUUCAUAAAGUCAAUAUUUCAUUACCCAGAAAUCCAAAAUUGUUGUUAAUUACCUUCUCAGUUGAUGCAAUCACGAU